UAUAUAUGUAUAUAAUUACUCUGUAGCUGUCCUAUAAUCUGGGGCUACCCCAAGCCACGUUUUCUUGCCACCGAUAGACCAAAGUUUAAGCCCUGAGACUUUCUAGUUGAGGGUCCGCCGGUAUCCGGCUAUCUCCUUCCCCACUCAGAUGGCUAACCGAGAUGUGGGAGCUUCUUGACCAAUGAAUAAACCCACAGAGAUCUCCGCCUAUCUCCUGGUUUGUCCGACUUCACCGCCCCCUUGCCCUCAACAAGUAGGCAUCGUCGAAACGUUUCACUCGUGGCUGCAUAUCGUACGGUCUUCGAGCUGUAUAGAACCUGGAAUCGUGAUUUCUGACGAGAAAGAAAGAUGCCCCACGAGGCGGACUCGCCGGCUGUCCGCCGCCGCAGGCUGAGCGACGAAAGCCGGCGGGGUGGGCCGGGGAAGGAGGAUCUGAGUCGCAAGAGGAAGAGACGUAUCCUCUCGUGCGACACGUGUCGGAGGCAGAAGUGUCGGUGUGAGCUUGAAGAGGAGUCGGAGACUUGUGCGCGGUGCCGCUCGCUGAGAAUCACAUGUACGUGGAAUGACAGCGGCGACACGCAUUCAGCUUCUUCCCGUGAGACACCAAGCAAGCCUGAUAUCGAAGGAAGGUUCCGAAGCCUAGAGGCAUCGAUAGUUGACCUCAAGGCGACGAUACAGAUGCUUGCUUCCGGAAGCCGGCCUGAUGUUAGAAGGACCUUGGCGACUGACCGACAGGAACGACCGCAUCAACCGCGGCCACAUCCGGCACAUGCGGACCAGGACAGCAACGAAGGCUGCGACGCCUCCAAGGCGCCUGAAAAGGAGGAUGUCGAGCCAGCGGACCGGCACGUCUAUUCGUCCCCGGCGGAAGUUGUGCGGAAAGUUGGGAAUCAGCUGAGCGGAGGGUAUCGAAGGACGUUUGAUGUUCAGGCAGACGUCGUGUCGUUGGGUCUUCUGGAUGACAAGACGGCUCGUGACCUGGUUGCUGAAUUUGUACGCCGUCGACGGAACACUCUUCUUAUCAAUAGCGAGGUGGAUCUCGCCCCCAAAAAUAGAGACCUUCGGCACGCGUCGCCUUUUCUGCACGACGUAUGCUGCCUGCACGCGAUGCGUUUCUCCGAGCACAGCUCGUCGGUGCUCCACCGGCGCGUGUUUGAGCACGUGAGACUGCAGAUGGGCCAGCUGAUGGUUGCAAGCCCACUGCCCCUGGAGGAGUUGAUGGGGAUCUUGAUCAUGAGCCUGUGGGCUUCAGCGCCAUCGGGUCCCGAAUACAUCGACAGUUGGUUGGUCAGCGGGCACUGCGCACAGCAAGCAAUGCUGAGCAUCAAUUUCUCGGAAAUACUAUCGAGAACCAAAUACAGGACGUCGACGGCAGAGGAUCAGAGGGUCAUGAGGCUUUGGUCCAAUACCUGCCUGGUAAAUUUGCAUUGGGCGGCGACUACUAGUCGACCGGCAACUGUGCCCGCUGCGUACCUCCAGCAGUGCAAACUCUUGCUCAACUUUGAGGAAGUGACGAUGAGAGAUGCCAUGGUGUAUGCUGAGAUCAUGCUAUACCUUUUGCUGCAAGAUAAGUUCUCGCAGAGACUGUACUUGAGCGGUGACGGCACAUGCGAGGAACUUUCCGCGUGGAAGACAAGGUGGAACUAUUUGUUUGAACUUCCUGCCGCCUCGACGUUGAGAAUAAGCUACUCGAUCGCAUGGCUGAUCCUUGCCCGUCGUUCACUCGAACACGAUCAGGCCGCACCGGACCACGACUCCUUGUCGAGCUCGCCGAGGUUGCACCCGGUUGACGCCGCGACGAACAACGGAGCUCACAGCCAGCCGAGCUCGCAGGGUCCUCCCGACGUGACGCAGUUCCGCGUCAGUGCCUUCGCGACGGACGUCGUUCGGGCGUUUGUCGACAUGCCGACCUCUCGCGCCGAGGAGCUACCCGAAUUCCACCGUCUGUGCGUGGCAUACGCAAUGCUUAUCAUUUCGAAGUACGAGCAGAAACCGUCGCUGACGAUGGGGGGCUCGCCAUCCGGCCAAGACGAUGUGGUGUUGCAGCUGCUACGUGACGCGCAGAAACACAACGGCGUCAAGGGGAAUAGUGCACCGUCGGCAAUACAAUUCGGGCUGGAGAGGGCGCUGAAGAAGGUCUCUUCCCGGGUCGAGGGACGCUCCUCCAGAGCCGGGGCUGAUGUCGGGUCCGAGGCCCUCGGGGGUAACAACGGGUCGCUCGGGGUGGAAUUGUCCUUGUCGGGAGCAGCGGUGGCGGCUGGUCCGACCUGGGCGCAAACAACGCAAGACCAGCAAGGGGACACGCCGGGGCAACAGCACGAGCAUCCUCCUUCCCAUUUCACGGGGGCAGCGCUGGUCCCAGAGUUUGACGGAUCUCUAUCCUUGGAGACGAUGGAUUUCUUUUUCAGCGGCGGGCACCUCGGACUCGGAGACCAAUCGUUCUUCUGAACCCUUGUUUCUGAGUAAAGAGACAAUCCAAUGGGGGGGGUUCCAGGUGAUAGAAUAUCAACGAAACUCUUGUAAAAUAACUAGGCGAGUGACACACCUACAGUCUUGAUCUAAACGCACGAUUGAUCUAGCCGCA